CGCCGCCGGGAGCGGGCGGCCGCGCAAUGUUUUGGGGGCUGUCAGCGAGGAGAGGCGCCGCUGGUGCCGGCGGCCGGCGGCCGGGCUGAGGGGAGCGCGGACCCCGCGGCGCCGCGCUCCGCGGCGGCCGGCAGCCUCUCCCCUUGCCUCGCCAGCCGCGGGGCGCCGCGGCGGCGUUUGGCCACCGCGGGAAGCAGCCCGGCGAGAGGCAGGGCUCUCCCCGGUGCCCCGGGCAGCCUGCGGCGCGGGCGAGCGGCCGCCAGCCCCCUGCGGCGGCGGGGCGGGCGGCGCGGCGGCCGCGGUGAUGAUGAACAGGUUCAGAAAGUGGCUCUACAAACCCAAGAGAACAGACCCACAGCUUCUUGCUCAGUUCUACUAUGCUGAUGAGGAACUAAAUCAAGUAGCAGCUGAACUGGACAGUUUGGAUGGAAGAAAAGACCCGCAGAGAUGUACACUGCUAGUCAACCAGUUUCGCUCCUGUCAGGAUAAUGUUUUGAACAUCAUAAAUCAAAUCAUGGAUGAAUGCAUUCCUCAUGAACGGGCCAACCGAGACUUUUGUGUUAAGUUUCCAGAGGAAAUACGCCAUGACAACCUUGCAGGACAGCUUUGGUUUGGAGCAGAGUGUUUGGCUGCAGGUUCGAUUAUUAUGAAUCGUGAAAUUGAGAGCAUGGCUAUGAGACCAUUGGCCAAGGAUCUGACCCGGAGCCUAGAGGAAGUCAGAAACAUCAUUCGUGACCAGGCCUUAAGGGAUUUGAACCUCUACACCGAAAAAAUGAAAGAUUCACUUAAACAUUUUGAUGUUCUUUUUGCUGAAUUUGAAUUAAGUUACGUGUCGGCCAUGGUACCUGUGAAAUCUCCAAAAGAAUAUUAUGUACAGCAAGAGGUAAUCGUACUUUUUUGUGAAACUGUGGAGAGAGCCUUAAGGCUUGGUUACCUCACUCAAGAUAUGAUUGAUGAUUAUGAACCAGCUUUAAUGUUUACCAUUCCGAGGUUAGCCAUUGUGUGUGGCCUUGUAGUCUACUCCGAGGGACCAUUAAACUUGGACCACAAGCCUGAAGAUAUGUCAGAACUCUUCAGACCUUUUCACACCCUGCUGAGAAAAAUAAGGGAUCUACUUCAGACAUUAACUGAGGAUGAACUGCACACGCUAGAACGUAAUCUCUGUAUCUCUCAAGAUGUGGAUUUUCCAGUCAGAACAGAUCCUGAAGUGCCCUCUGUCAUUACAUCGGGCAUGACUGCAACUUUGCCUGCAAAGGAGCUUUCAGCAAAAGCUGAAAACACAGACGCUGAGCUCGCUUGUUCUAUGCAGUAUGAUGAACAGGAGCUGGAACAGCUGAAUCGAAUGGUACACAGGGUAGGGGAUGAAAUGUCUUCUCUGCUUUCCCCUCCAAGCAUCUGUCAGUCUCCAGCUCACAGACCUAGUCUAAGAAAUAGUUCUGGCACAGAGGCCUCACCAACAAGACACCAUCUUGACAAUUUAGCUGAUGAAGAGGACAGAGUGUUUUUUAUGGAUGACCUAGAUGGAGCAGGAGAAGCUCUUGCUGGGUUGGAUUCAGUAAAUGAUACUUUUGCUUGGGUGAAUAACCCAUGCCACAGUUCAAAGCAGAACCUGCAAUAUAGAGAUGCUCUACUGUACGAGAAUGGCCAUCAGACAGAAGAAACUUUGCUUCUGAAAGAUGUGGGAAGUGACUUAAGCAAUAAUAACAAUAUUGAAGAUGGCAAACAGAGGUCUGGCAUAUCAGUUCAAAAUUCAUGCAGCUGUUUAGAAGGUCCUGAUUCACAGUUGUACCUCAAUGGUUGGGAUACAUAUGCUGAUGAUGCGGAAAUGGCAGAAGUGAUAGCUCACAGGACAGGUGGAAUGAAAAUAUCUGCUACUGUAAUAUUUAAUCCUAAAUCUCCCUCUAGCUCAGAAUCUCCAGUAACAACUCCAGAAGCAGCUAUUGGUUGUGUUGCUGGAUCUGCUAAUCCAUUAACAAAUGAGGAGGAGAAUGAAUCCCAUAAGCUCAGUAUAGCUGCCACAAACUGUCUAAUUAAUUCCUGUGUGUGUUGUGGCAGCUGUGAAGACAGCAGGGAGGACAAUCUUGAAGGUUUAAAGACUAAACAUUCUGCAGGAAAUGUUGUAAAUGCUUCAUAUACUUUAGUAAAGUCUAAAGAAAUGGACCAUGUAGAUAACUUGGACAGUUCAGUCCCUGCACAGGAAACAUUAAAACCUGAAACUUCUCCUGCUUUGCUAGCAGAAAGAGACUCUAGCAGGGAAGAGCAGAAACUGCCAAUCUCCUCUAAGUGCCUGGCACAUUCCUCAGGUUCACAAGUAGGAGCAGAAAGUGAAUCACAGGGAGAAGCAGAAAUCAUCUCAAAUCAGGAAAAGAAGUGGGAGAAGAGAAAGCAACCAUAUGAGAAAAAAAUGGAGAACAACGAAGACAGUAGUAGUGAAAGGACAACAAAGGACGACAUCAAGUCAAGAUCAAGUUCAAGCAGUUUAAUGACAAGUUCUUGUUCAUCUGAUGACAUUGAUCAGGAAGAAAUUCAGCUUGCGUUGCAGGCUGCUAAAAUCGCCACCAGAGAAAAGAUCAGAUCCAGAUUUCAUGGCAGCAAUGAUCUUAUUCACCGGCUUUUUGUCUGUAUCUCAGGUGUUGCUGACCAAUUGCAGACAAACUAUGCUAGUGAUCUGAGAAGUAUCUUAAAGACUUUAUUUGAAGUUAUGGCAACCAAACCUGAAACAGAAGACAAGGAGAAGCAAAAGAAAGUUAAUCAGGGUUUAAGGAAUGCAGCAUUGGAAGACUGUGCUUUAUGUCAAGAAAGUAUAUCAUCUUCAGAACUUGCAGCAAAAGCCAGAGAUGGGGACUUUGAAGAUCCUCCUGACUGGGUUCCAGAUGAAGUCUGUAGCUACUGCACCGCGUGCAAGGCUCCUUUCACAGUCAUUCGCAGGAAACACCACUGUAGGAGCUGUGGCAAGAUCUUCUGCUCCCGCUGUUCCUCUCACUCUGCUCCAUUACCUCGUUAUGGUCAGAUGAAGCCUGUCCGUGUUUGCACUCACUGUUACAUGUUCCAUGUCACUCCUUUCUAUAGUGACAGAGCUGGUAUCUGACAUAUUAAACUAGUGAUGUGUCUACUGGAGUCUUGCACGGACUAAUAUAUUUGACCUAAGCCAAGAAUUAACUUGAAAGAGGGACCCUGUGAGGGCAUGUAGGCUUUGACAUCCAUUAUUAUAAAUUUUGUACAGACAGUUUUUAUUGCAUUUUAUUACGCUGCUAAAGGGAAUUAUGAAGCGUCUGUAGCUGUAAAGCUACAGUACUGUCUUCCAUAAAUUUAUAACAUUAAUGUUACGAUGCCAUAUGCCGAACAAAUGCACUGCGUGGAAAGAAAUAGGGUUUAGAGAACUGAACAAGCAUUGCUGCUUAUCUUACGUGCUAAGAACAGAGUAGCUGGUUAACUAGUUCAUCACAGCAAAUCAAUUCCAAAGCUAGGACACUUCUGCGCUCACUACAAUUCUAGCAUGGCUGUGGAUGUCAGCUCUCUCCCUCCAGUUGCGGUUUAGCUUUCCCGUUACUGGGUUUUUGCUACCUAGGCUAGGAUUAAUUAAAGCAAAAAUAUUUCAAAACCGUAUUCAGUAUUUAUGAAGGCAAUUUUUGUUUGAGUUGCAUAGGAAGAAUGGAAGGUCCUGAAGCAGUAUGUUUCUGUUGCCUUUCAUUUACUGAGCUGAGCAAUAACUCUAAGUUGUCUUCUAAAAAUUCAACUUUCUAACUUAUAAUUCCAUAUUUGGGGAUUUUGAAAUUAUUUAUAGCCUGCAUCACUUAUGCUAAAUCCUGUUAAUAGAAAUAUAAUACAGAGCUUUGAUCUCUAUAUCGACAACUAAAACGUAACAAAACACUUCAGUGGAAAUGAUUCCAAGUGAAUGAUUUACUGUUAAAGUACAUAUUUUUGAAAGAGUUUAGCAGCAAAAUUCAGUAAAUGUGACAGACAAUUUAUCCCACACUGAGUUUUUGUUAAAUGAUUUUAAAAAGAUAAGUAUGUAAUGUUAUAAUAUAUUCAAAGGUCCUACAGAAUGGUCAACCAGGUAAGGGUUCUUGUUGUCCACCUUUGGCAAAGUAACUGUAAAAUAUUGCAUACUGUUACUUCACUCAUGCUAACACCUCAGAAACAUUUGUAUUUAUUUGAAACACUAGGAAUUAAUUUUUAUUUCCACUUGGAGAGGAAAGAAAUAAGAUUCACAUGAAUUCAUGCUAUGAUCUUGCACAAAAUAUUUGCAGUAAGAGCUCCAUGAGCACUGAGGUUUCAAAAAUGUUUGGACAUGCUUUGAGUUAGCCACAUUAAAAGUAAGAUGCUGUGUGCUGUGGUUACAGAGGAAAUGAGAUCAAGAGCUCUUUGCUGUAUCCCCUUUCCUGACUUGCAGUGUUACACAGCAUGUUUCAAGACGAUAAAUACAAAAAAAGGAUGAGGAAGUUGUUUGCAGUAUCAUACUCAAAGAUUGUCAUUCAAAAUGAUAAAGCAAAUCUGGCCAGUGUUGUUGGGUUUUUUUUUUUUGUUUGUUUGUUUGUUUGUUUUUGUGGACAUUCCUUUGUCAUGUGGUUUUAUAUUCAGUGUUAAUGAGCCAUAUAAGGAUAUAAGAGUUUGUUGGCACUACUGUCAUUUUGAAUCAGAUGAAACAGCUUCACUUAGUUUAUGUGUAUUGCACAAGCCUUAUGAUGCUGUUUGUAGAGUAUUUCAGCUAUAAAAUGUUAUCCUCACCUUAUUUAUAUUUUUAUUAUCAUUUUUCCAAAAUUUUUCUCAUGGAGUCCUUGAGCUGGACUGUCAGAUUCACCAGAACUUGAAAAGGCAUGGGGUGGGUGUUCGGUGGGAGGUGGGUAAUGUGGUGCAAGCAAUGAUACUUAUUCAGGCUUUAAUCUCAGGCUUCACAUUGCAAUGACUAUUGCAGUUUUAUUUUUAGAAAAACAACAAAUAUAAUGCUUCUUUUAUAGGUAAAAAGAAUACAACAAACUUCAAUUGUGAAAUAAAUAUGCACAAAAAGUUGCUUCUG